ACCAAAACCAAACCAGCAGUUAACGACAAAGUGCAAAACGAAAGACGGAUGUUGUAUGCUUGCUGUGCAACGAUGUGGCACGAAACAGCCAAUGAAAUGACACAGCUUCUGAAGUCAGUUUUUAGGCUAGACAUAAAUCAAUUCAGGAACAGCCUUAUGGCGGAACUGUCUCCCGAUGAGGACCAAUCAGAAGAAACUUAUGAUCUCGAAGCCCAAGUCUUCUUUGAUGAUGCCUUUGAUCCUUUAGAAGAGGGAGAAAAAUAUCCAAAAGCAAAUAGCUAUGUAAAGACAUUUAUCCAAUGCAUCAAUGUCGCUGGAAGCUUCGUUCAUGGUACUGACAUAGAAUUAGAUGAUGGUAUGAUGUAUAGAACACCCUAUGGAGCAAGAAUCGAAUGGAUUCUUCCAGGAGGAAACAAAAUGGUCGCUCACUUGAAGGAUAAGACCAAAAUUCGCCAUAAAAAACGGUGGAGUCAGGUUAUGUAUAUGUAUUAUAUUUUACAAUGGUGUAUACAAGAAAAGCAUGGUGACUCAGGGAAGCAAGCAGCCUUGGACAAUACAUUCCUUUUAGCUCUCGAUGGUGACGUUGAUUUUGAACCGGAAGCUGUACUUAGUUUGAUGAGACGAAUGAAUAAGUCAAAGAUUGUUGGAGCAGCCUGUGGAAGAAUUCACCCAAUUGGAUCAGGACCAAUGGUAUGGUAUCAGAAGUUUGAAUAUGCGAUUAGUCACUGGUUGCAAAAAGCAACUGAACACGUGAUUGGGUGCGUUCUGUGCAGUCCAGGAUGCUUCAGUCUAUUCCGGGGUUCCGCUCUUAUGCAUCCAGAGGUUUUACAAAAGUACACAACAAUUGCAAAUGAAGCUCAGCACUAUGUUCAAUAUGAUCAAGGUGAAGACAGAUGGUUAUGUACGUUACUGCUAAAACAAGGAUGGAAAGUAGAGUACUGCGCAGAAUCAGAUGCAUAUACAUUUGCACCGGAAGGGUUUUAUGAAUUUUACAACCAACGUCGCAGAUGGACACCUUCUACAAUGGCUAAUAUUCUCGAUAUCAUACUUGACUGGAAGAAGGUCACAAAGAUCAACGAGAAUAUUUCUUUUCUGUAUAUUGUUUACCAGAUGUUUUUGUUUGUAUCCACGUUGUUAACACCGGGGACAAUAUUUAUGAUUAUCUUGGGAGCGAUUAUUGUUGGAUUCGAAGCAAUACCCCCAUAUUUGUCUCUUCUCCUGAAUUUGUUUCCUGUCGGAUUGUUUCUGCUGAUGACUCUAUAUGCGUCAUCUCAAAGACAGCUUCAAUUAGCCGCCGUUUUAUCCUCUAUUUACGUUAUUGUGAUGAUGAUUGUAAUGAUUGGUGUAGUUAAAGAUGCUAUAGAUGAAGGAGUUUGCUCAAUGACGACCAUUUUUAUUAUAUUUGUCGCAGGAGUUUUCGUGGUUUCGGCUUUAGUUCAUCCAAAGGAAUUUUUCUGUAUCAUACCUGGGUUGUUGUAUUUUGUGGCUAUACCUUCAAUGUCCAUGUUGAUGUUUCUUUAUUCGAUUGGAAAUCUUCACAUCGUAUCAUGGGGCACAAGAGAAACAAAACAGGCUUCUGACAACACGAAACCAGACAAAAAAUUUAAACCAGAAAAAGAGGAAAAAGGAUAUUUUUGCUCACUAGGAAAGUUUUUCAGUUGUAUGUUUUGUCCGACGAAUGAUUACAACAAAGACGAUUUCCUAUACUCUAAUAUGAUGAAUGAAGUAAGAGAUGUCAGAGAAAUUAUGAACACAGAUAAAGAAGAACCAAAAGAAAAAGAUGUGAUAAAUAAAAAUAAGGAUAUAACAACAGUUGACCAAGCAGUGCAGGUCAGACAAUCGGACAUCGAUAAGGAACGACAACCUGAAAAAGAAAAACCAAAUAUUGAAGAUGUGUGGGAAGUAAGGGCAGACCAAUCCGUUCAAAUGAUUUCAAAAGAAGAACGAAAGUUUUGGAAGAAGUAUAUAAAGAAAUACUUAAAACCCAUACACGAAGACUCUAAGAAGAAGGAGGAAGUAGAACUAGAAUUAAUUGAUUUAAGAAACAGAGCAUGCUUGUUCGUCUAUCUACUUAACGCAAUUCUCGUUACAGUGAUGUUCGGAUUAACUCAAGUAAACGCUUUCAGAGAUUCCUUGGCCAUAGAGAUUGAUUGUAGUGGAGGUACAAUCCAACUGGUUCCAAUUGCAAUACUUUUCACAGCCGUCUUUGGCAUGUUGUUGCUGCUUCAGUUUGUUUGUAUGUUGUAUCACAGAUUUUCAACGCUAGUUCAUAUCUGUGCAACGACCGAAAUCUGGGAGAGUGAUGUCACUCACACGGGUGAAACGAACUCAAGACUUGCUGACUUUUUGAUCCAGCCAGCAGUAGUUCCUAUUGCGCCGUUAUCAACAACAUAUACCGAUAAAGAUAGAAAAUUCAUGAACGUGAACAAGUCGCUUGAACAAGUGCGUGGUGGUAGAAAGUUCAAGAAUCUGCAAGACGUUGUGAAAGCAAAUUGGGAGAAGGCACCAUUUAAGGAUCUUACGGGUUCAUUGUAUGCAAAAAACAAACUAGUAGCACAAAAAGUGAUGGACAAAUGGAAUAAUUUUAGUAAACAUAAAACAGUAGGGACAGGGUCAAAAUUUAGGAAUAUUGUAAAAGAUGCUGUUCGACUAAAAAAAGAAAACUUUACCUCAGGGAACGACAAGAAGGAAAAGCCCAGGUCUAGAAGAAACAAGAUAGGAACCGAGAGGACGAGAUCUUCAUCGUCGUCAUCAGAAGGAGAAAACCGGAAGUCAAAGUCGGACAACACGAAUGGAAAGUUUGGUAGUGAUAGCAACGUUUAGAAAUUACUUUUUGUUUUAGAUAUAUUUAUUUAUUAACUAUAAGUGUGGUAUUAUUUUUAUGUUGACACUUUGAUUUUAUGUUAGAAUAUUUACAAUGGACACUGAUUGUAUUCGUUUACUGUAGAUUAUACAAUUUAAACAGUGCGCGUACAAUCUUUUAAACUAUAGAAAAAAAUUACGAUUUAUCGGAAAUGAAUCACAAAGACAAGGUUUUGAAUGAACAUCAAUAUUGGAAAGAUUGGACGGACAAGGUUAUAACUUGAUUACCUGACGUAAUGGCAUAAUAUUAAAGAAAAAAUAUGUAUGACAGUACUCUAUACAUUGCAGUAACUUUUUAACAUUUAUGUGAGAUGACAGUUCCUUUAAAACAUUUUGAGUUUUUAAAUUUUGUACUAUCAAAAAAUAUCUAUCUAGUGGUCGAUAAAAAAAUUAAAAAAAUUAUAUAACAUAAUCGAGACGAAUGAGACACACGUUUUCUGUAUACGUUUGAUCCUUUUGUAUCAGCACUUCAACGUUUCUAGUAAAUUUUUAGUUUUCAAUUAUUUUGGGCUGAAAAAGGCUCAAUCACUGGGGAAACAUUAAUUGUCGAAUUGCGAAUACGGUGCAGUCAAAUUACAUGUACAUGUUGUACCGAAUCAUUGUAUUGAUCAGUAGUUAAAGGUUUCAAAGUUUUUGUGAAAUGAUUUUUUCACAAAUACUGCAAUCAGAAUUCAAAACGGGAGUUUUAAAAAUUGCAAUACUAGUACUAGAUGUGACACGUUUCUCACUCUAUUCAUAAUAGGCACUGGCUACGAUUACGUUGAAAUGUAACAAUAAUAAAAAGAUAUUGUUACAUUGGACACUAAUUGCCGGGAUGCUAUGUUUGGUUAGAAAGCGAAUAAUUACGAACGGAACUAUAAUAUUUGUGUCAUAAUAAGAAUAAUGAUCCUCACAUCUCAAUGUUGGUUUAUAGACAUAAUUCAAAUAAAAAUAUUCUAUAUGAGAUAACAGUAUAUGUUGGUUUAACAACGAGACAUUUUUAUAGAAAUUUUAGAAAUAUACAAUUAUUCAUCCUUCGGAUUGUCCGGUGCUUCUAAUAAUGUAAAGUCGUGUAGCAGUGAAGAUUUGUUUGUAGGUUUUGUAUGAAUAAAGCAUCUUGGAGAUUA